CUUCCUCUGCCACGUAUAACUCAAAACUCCUGACUCUUAACGCACGCUUUUCUGGGAAUUACCAACAUGUAAGCGUCGGCAUGUAUCCUCCAUUCGACUACUUUGAGCAUCGCCGGGCCUGCGUGAUCAAGCAGCGCCAGCGAGAUGCCCGCUUCGAAUCCCUCCCCGAUCUCUACAAAGGUCCUCUGACCUCGCACCAAAGAUCCAUCCUCGACGCCCCGAUCGCCAGCCUCGUGCACGAUGUACACAGCGGCACGCUCUCGGCCGUCGACAUCCUGCGCACGUACGGCAAGACGGCGGCGGUCGCGCAAGAACGCACAAACUGCAUCACCGAACUCCUCCUGCCCGAGGCCGAGGCAUGGUCCAAAUCGUCCGACGUCAACCUCAAAGGUCCGCUCGCGGGCAUCCCCGUCUCUCUCAAGGACUCGAUUGCCGUCGCGGGCUUCGACGUGUCGGUCGGAUAUUCACGACACGUGUUCAAGCCGUGCAGCCAGGAUGGGGUCAUGGUCAAACUUCUCAAGCGCGCCGGCGCGAUUCCACACGUCAAGACGGCGCUGCCCAUCACAUUGCUGUCCUUCGAGAGCACGAAUGAUCUCUGGGGCGUGGCUAGGAACCCUCACAAUCCCCGUUACUCGCCGGGCGGAAGCACGGGCGGAGAAGGAGCACUGUUGGCGCUGAACGGUUCGAGAAUAGGCAUAGGCUCGGACGUCGCGGGCAGUGUGCGUGCCCCUGCGGCGUGGUCGGGCAUCAACUCGCUGCGGUGCAGCACGGGGCGAUGGCCCAAAGUCGGCAUGAACACGAGCAUGCCGGGCCAGGAGGGGAUUCCGAGCGUCUUCAGUCCCAUGGCCCGCACGCUGGACGACCUCACGUACUUCACGAGGGCGUUUAUACAAAUGAAGCCCUGGGAGGUGGAUUACACGGUCCACCCUAUCGCGUGGCGUCAAGAGCUCUACGACACGGCCGCGGGCGCAAGUACGAGUAGUAAAAAGCUUCGAGUCGGUCUGAUGAGCACAGAUGGCGUCGUGCGGCCGAGUCCCGCGAUUGCAAGGGGUUUGAGGCUGACGGCCGACGCGCUGCGAAAGGCGGGACAUGAAGUUGUCGAAGUUCCCGUGGAUUCGUUCCCGAGUAACGCGACGCCCGCCCAGGCACUGCAGAUCGCCAGCGUGCUGCUUUGCGCUGACGGCGGACGCACAUUCAAGUCUUUCUUCCGCACCGGUGAGACCAACGACCCCGGCGCCGCGCAGAUACAUUUCUACAUGGGCUUGCCCCGCCCGGUCAAGUAUCUGUGGUACCUGUUCACGCGCUACGUGAGGCGGGAUUCCCUGUGGGCGAGCCUGUUGCGGUACUUCCACCCUCUCAGCGCGGUCGAGCAGUGGACAUGGGUGGCCAAGAGGGAAGCCUUCAGGGCGACGUGGUUUGACUGGCUAAACAAACCUCAGCAGGGGUUCGAUUUCAUCUUGUGCCCGGGCAAUGCUACCCCGGCCUUACCGCAUGGCGCGAUGAAGGACGCGGUGGCGAGUUGCGGGUAUACGUUUUUGUGGAAUCUGCUGGAUUAUACCGCGGGCAUCGUGCCGGUCACAAAAGUCGAUAAGGACCUGGAUGUACUACCGGCGCAGUGGAAGGCCAGCAACGGCGUCGAACGCGGAGCGUACAAAUACUAUGACGCCGUGAGAAUGGACGGCCUGCCCAUCGCUGUGCAGAUUGUCGGGCGGAGAUUGACCGAGGAGAAGACGCUGGGCUAUAUGAGGGUCGUGGAGGAGUGUUUGAGGGAGAGCGGGACGGUGUAUGAGCAUCUCGACAUAGAGAGAUUGCCGGAAAUCAAGGAUAUCGAGAACCAGAAGAGUAAGGUUCCUGUGCAUCCCGGGAGGAUUUGGUAAACGAAAAAUCAGUGUGCUGCUCCGGGCCAGGCCAGCUCGGCUCUCGAUGAAAUAAAUGAGGACAAAAGUGCCA